AUGACAUCUCAACCAAGCCUCCAAGAUGAAGGCGUUGUCUUAGAGCGACUCUUGAACGCCACAAACGAGUCAGGCCCUGCAGAAAGCCCCAGCACUGAAGAAACCAAGCCAAACCCCAAAUAUCGACAUCCAACUAAAGCAAACACCGUUCGCUUCCGGCCACAACUUUACGUCCCCAUCCUAGUUCUCAUCUAUACCGGACUUUUACUCGCGGCGUGGUCAAUCCUCUGUCUAUCAAGUCGAAAUCUGAUCGUAUCCAUCCCGAAUGGGGAUUCGUAUGAUUACAUCCACGAAUCAUGGGUUCAGGGUUAUGUUGAUCGAACCCAACAAUGGUGGCGGGCUGCCCGAGUGAUGUGGAGUGUUGUCGGCGUCUUGACUCUACCGUUGGCUUCUUCCGUCUGUGGAUAUGCAGCAGUGGGGUACAUUCAAUCGCAACGAUAUCGCAAGGCCAACCUCACUCUAAGACAAACACUCAACCUUGCUGAUCGAGGCUGGAAGAGUCCGAAUGUCAUUUUUCCAAUGCUAUGGAGUCCAAAGAAACACGGUGCUUCUAUAUCCCCGCUACAGGAGCUACUUGUCGGACAAAGCUACGUUAAAGUCCCUCUCAAUCUCGGAGCCAUCACUGAAGUGAAGGAUAUCUUUGCCUUGACGGAUCCAGUCUCCCUCGAAACAAAUGAUUUGGGCGACGACGUCGGGAUAUUACGCUCGAACCUCGGUAUUGCACGUUCAACAGAUUCGUAUGAGAACCUGUGGGGAGCAAAUGCCACAUGCAGUGACACUCCGUUUAAUUGUCCAUCCACAAAGGUCGACGUCGAAAAUCUAUCAUUACCUAAAAAUGUCACGCCGCACGAACAGAUUCUGUUCAUGUCUGAUGUUAGAGUGAAUACCAGUACAGGUCUGAUACGACAAUUUGCUCCGAGAUUCAAUUCUUCUGUGCACUGGGAAUCACUCGACAACAGCAAAUUCCCAAGCAAUUGCUCUGGGAUCGCAUUUUUCCGGAAUUACACAGUGAGCCAUCAAGAAGAGAUAAUAAACGCUAAUGAGUAUCAGAUCAGUGUCUGUAUGCUUGGCAAUCUGACCGAAACACCGUUCAAACGCACUCGCAAUCGACAGGAUUUCAACGAGACUUUGUACGUCACUGCUGAAGGCAGUCAGAACGUCCAAACGACGUUUAAAUUAACACUAUCUACAACUCUGGGAUAUUUCGAAUUACCCAAUGAUCAUCUUGGUCCAAAGUACGGUCCAUUACUAGACAGUGACCCUCUAGCAACAUGCUCCCGACCCGAGUGCGAGCCACAAUCUAACGAUGAACCGACCACAUCCAAACGAGAUGUGCUUCCAGAGACCUACCCUAAUGGGACAUACAACGGGACCUUCUAUCUCGAAUUCGUAGCGUCCAAGGGCCCCCUCGCUCUAAUUACAUUAGCGCUAUUCGGUCAAGAUGCCUUCAUCGAUACCAAAAGUCAUAAUCUCACCAAAGUCCGAGACGCAAGUAGUCCGCUCAACUCCGUCUGCUACGAGUAUGCCCCGCUGGCCCUUCUCUUGGGUCAAAAAGGACUACCGUGCAAUACUGGUUACAUUAUGCCCGGCGCGGAAUGGGUCGAUGCUUUUAGCAGACCGCAAAGGGCAAUACCGGCCCUGAAUCAAGCGGCCUUUUUGGCGAAUCAGGCUAUUCUGCAGGCGGCGGCUGGUUCGUCGUCUUUGUUCAUCCAGAGUCGAAGUCAUCUGGAGUAUUUGAGGCCGGAGAUUUCAACUGGCACGGUCAUCGGUCUCUCUGUUUUGAUUGGUGUUUUUCUCUUUUUGUUGGUUUUCCUGUGUGUCAUGACUCUUACGCAGGUUGCUUGGGCUGGGUCCCUUGAUAGUCACGCGAUUGUGAAGAUGAGUGUGGCGCUUUCUGAGUGUUUGCCAUCGUCUGAGGACUGGGAUAAGGAUUCGAGGAAGAGGGAAGAACUUCUAGAUUUGCUUCCUGGGUACAUUGGUGAUGCGGAGCCGGAAGCUCCUGUGGGGAGACUUGCUGUUGGGGCAGAGGGAGUGUUGAAAUGGAGGCGGCGGUAUUGGAAAGGGGAGGGACUGGCUCUAUGA